AUGAAGGAGUUUCCUAGAAAGUUCCUCAGCUUGCGCGACAAGAAUGGCACCGGCCGACGAUCCAAGUCGGUUGCACCAGCGCCAUCCGUACCAGCCAUCCCUGACGGCACCGGGAACAAAAGCAAGCCUCGCCCACUCUCUACUGGGGUUUUCAUGGCCAUGUUCAAGAAGGAUGGUGCAAAACAAGGGGCAAAAGCAGAAGCGGAGAAAGAGAAGGAUCACGCACGAGUCGAGGAGAUUCUACGACGAUUAGACGAACUCAACAUAACCAAUGUUACCGCUGACCACGUCACCGAUAUCAUGGCAACCAAAUUCGCAGACCACGAUCCUGACAGGACAGUGGAAUUCAUCGAUAUGGAGCAAAAGGCCGCAGCUGGUAUCAUUACCCCAUACGAUCCUAGCGUGGAUAUGGUGGGCGCCGAAAACCGCGGCAAUGUCACUUGUUACCUGGAUGCGCUCUUGUUCUCAAUGUUUGCCAAGAUCGAUGCGUUUGAGUGCAUGCUCAAGAACGAAUUUCCAGAAGAAGACAGCCGUAACAAACUCGUCAAUUUGUUGAGGAUGUGGGUGAAUAUGCUGCGGACAGGAAAACUGGUGCACACAGAUAUGACCAAACUGAUACAGGACGCUCUGGCCGAUUGCGGAUGGUCCGACGCACGGAUGCUCGAGCAACAAGACACAUCGGAAGCUUUUGCUUUCAUAACUGAAACCUUGCAGCUGCCGUUGCUAUCUCUGCAAGUCGAUCUCUUCCACCAAGGAAAAAAGGAUAAAGACGACCACAAGGUUGUCUACGAGCGCCUCCUGAAUCUGGCUAUACCCGCAGAUCCUGAAGACAGGGGGCUCAAGCUAGAAGACUGCCUCGAAGAAUAUUUCAAUGCUCAGGUCGAUGUGAAACGAGACAGUGAAGACGGAAAGAAGCUCGGAAUCGACGAAAAGAGUGGAAGUUGGACACCGACACUCAAGCAUAGAGAUACAAUCCGCAUCAUUACUGAAGAACGGGGAGAGUCAUCGACACCCACGUCCCCGCUGGUUUUCACCCCAUUAGACAGGUUACCAACAGCUGAAAAGGGGCCUCUUCUUUCACCAACAGAUCCCAGCCUCAAAAAUGGUGACACUCCUGACGACGAAGAAGAGGGUGAGGUUACCACUGUCGAACUAGUGCCGACCAAACCAACCUUGCGAGGGAGGUCAACGAGUGUCAUCCAGCGCGUGGUUCUGGACGAGGAGGGUCGCCCUGCUACCCCUGACAAUGCCACGAUGCUCCAAAAGGCAAUGCGAAAAGGAUCAACAGUAGUCAAGGCAGUCACUAUUCCGGCUUGGCAAUUUUUCAGACUAAUCCCCUGGCAUGCGCUCUCGAGCACCGAGCCCAAAAACAACACCGAAGUUGCCUUGAACUUUGAGCAAAGACCUGUAGUGGGCAUCUGCCUUAAACGCUAUGCCAUGACUGAGUCUGGCCAACCGAAACGUCACAACACCUUUAUCGACAUCCCCGAUUCCCUGAGACUUCCGCAUUUUAUGCUUGCUGAUGAACCAAAGGCUGAGGAAGAUAUGAACGUUCUUAACACGGACUAUAAGCUCGUCCUUCAGUCCGUUAUCUGCCAUCGGGGAGACUCGCUUCAAAGUGGCCAUUACGUUUCGUUCGCCAGAGUGGCCCCUAAGCUAUUGAAAGACAACCGGCGACACAAUUUCGACCCACCACCGGAUUACGAAGAGGCACAAUGGGUCAAGUUCGACGAUCUCCAGAUUGAGAACCGAGUUAGUUAUGUGGACGACAUUCGAUCGGCUUUGAAGGAAGAGAUGCCUUAUCUUCUUUUCUAUCAAGUUAUGCCUAUGGUCGAGGUCGCUCCUCCAUCUGUUGAUGAAACGGAGACAGAACCACCCUCGUACAACGAUUCAAAAGUCAGCAUCGAGUUGCCUCCUACCCCUUCACGGAGCAAUCGGCUCGGCAGUUUAGAGGAGGGCUAUUUCGACAAUACGCCGAUUUUCACAAACCCCCAGUACUUGUCCAGUAAACCGCCCAGUAUACGGCUGUCCAUGGAUAGCGAAAGACCACGAAGGAGUGAAGAUGCUCCGGAUCGACAAACCCGCUCUCUUGCUGGAGACUCACGAAGGCCCAGUGCCGUUUGGAACGAAUCAACAUCCCAUACUCCCAACUCCCAUUCUCCAGCUGUUACACCUGCCAUCACACCGAACGAGGAAUCGACAGCAUCGAGAUUAUCGCGUGCGGCAUCUCGAUUUACAUUGGUCAACAGAAGUCGCCCAAGCAGCCAGAAUGGGGAGAACCGCCUGAGCUUCUCAAUGAGCAGAUUAGGAGGACUUAUGCGAGCAAGCAAAGAUCCCUUAGCUGAGCCCAAGGACGAGCUCAACAGCAUCGGAAUGUCUUCAGCGAACUCGACGGGCAUUUUGACUGCCGAGACAUCUAAAGAGUCAGGGGAGUCGAAGGAUGUUGAGGACGGAAACGAGCAGCCAGCCGAGCCAGAACCCGAGCAUCACCACCAUCGCCAUCAUGGACACAGGCAUGGCCAUAAGCGGGUCAAAUCAAAGGAAAAGAACAAGGGCAAGGGCAAUGACCAACCCGAACGAGAAUGCUCAGUGAUGUAA